AUGCUGGGCGCCCGCCGCUGGGGCUGGCCGGGGCCCGCGGGCAGGGCCCGGCAGGGCGGCCUCGCCUUCUACGUGCUGUGGGCUCUGCGGGAGCCGCCGCGGCGGCUCGGCAGCCAUUCCAGCCAGAUGGCUUUCCAGGCUUGGCUUCCCCUGCCAUUGCCGAAGCAGCUGGUGGUGUUCGGGCUGGGCGACUGGAGCUGUUACUCUGCGGACACGAGCAUCGCCGUGGAUGUGCUGGUGUCCCCAGGCAUUGCCCCACAGCGGGUCGGCACGCUGGAGCCCACCCGCAGGUCUCUGGUGUGGGAAGGCGACUGGAGAACAGAUCUUUUCAUGGCCUCGUUGAAAGAGAUGGACAAAGGCAACCCUGUGAGGCUUGUUCUGACUGUCAAUGGACAGCUGCUCCGAGGUGUUUCCAGCAGUACACCUGUCCAUCCCUUCCUUGUACCCGAGACCAGCCAGUCACCAGUGCUUCCAGCAGAUGAUAGGGCCCUUGGCCAGGACCUGGAGGAUCCUACUGAGGUUAAGAGUCAGAGCUCAGAGGUGGCUGCCAGAGCAUCCAGGCCUGUGAAGGAGGACAUCCGGCCACCGCUGAGGACCAUGGUGGUACCCUGUGCUCUGAAGCCACCAGCUGGAAAGGUGGAAUCCAAUGAGGCCUGGAAGAAGAGUCCUGACCAAGGACCACCACCAAGAGUCCACUCCAAAAAGCCCAGAAAGGUUUUAUUUGAACCCACAACAUCUGAGAGAUAUCUUGAUGAAGAAGAUCUGGCAGUGAAGGAGUUGGAAGGCACUGAUGAGCUGUCCCUGGGUAGCCCUCCCUCACGAGGAGUAGUGCAGGGCAGUCCCAGCCCUCGGUGGUGCCAUGCCAUGUGCCUCAGUGACCUGGGAACAGCUGUUGUCAUUGGUGGAGAAGGUGUCAAUCAACAGUCCUGCAGGGAUGCUCUCUGGAAGCUGGAAAUUGACAGUGAUUUAUGGCUUCCAGUGGGUCUCCAGCUACAGAAUGCCAUGCCAUCGUGCUUGCAUGGUCACACAGCCACCUACGACCCUGACACCAAGCGGAUCUACAUCUUUGGGGGCAUAAGGGAGGACAAAGACUACAGCAGCAUUUACAUUCUGGACACAGUCACCUGGAAAUGGCUCUUUGUGGCUGCUAAAGGGAGGAUACCAGUGCUCGCCUACCACAGUGCAACUAUCUACAACAAGGAGCUCUUUGUUUUUGGAGGAACUUUCCCCAGAAAGGCAUCGCUGGCAGUUGCACCCUGCAGCAAUAUGCUCUAUGUCUUCAAUCCAGAGCAUGAAAUUUGGUACCAGCCCAUUUCAGAAGGGGAGAAGCCUCUUCCUAGGCUUGGGCAUUCAGCUACUCUAUUGAAAAACAAGCUGGUGAUUUUUGGGGGUCAGAGGACUUCUGUCUACCUCAGUGACAUGCACAUUCUGGAUCUGGGUUUCAUGGAGUACACAUCAGUCCCCCUCCUGGCAGGACAGCCUUCUGCACGUAGCUUUCAUGCAGCUCUGGCUGUGUCGGACCAGAAGGUUCUGAUCAGUGGAGGCUGCAAUGCCAGAGGAGCCUUGCAAGAUGCCUUUGUCUUCCACCUAGACACUCUUUCAUGGAGCACAGUGACCCACCACGACCUCUGCUCCGUUCCCCGAGCUGGCCACACACUGCUUGACCUGACUCCUGCCCACCUGAUGGAUAUGGACAAGGAGAACAAAGAGGAGCAGAAGCUGCACACGCUGUUGGUCUUUGGGGGCUCCAACUGUGCUGGGACCUUUUAUAACAGCACGCUCAAGAUCCAGCUGGACCUAGGAUAAUGCAUGAUUCACAGAAUGAGCCUGAGCAGCAAGGCUCUUCACCAGCCUAGAUACACACAUGGAUGGCAAUAAAUGAGUCCAAGCAACUUGGCAGUCCAGGUAUCUGUAUGUAGGUGAAUGGCACCUUGGUACAAGAGACUGGGUCUGUCAAGUCUGAAUGCCAUGGGUAUUGUUUUACUAGGGUACCUGUACACAGUAUCUGGGCUCAGGUGCCAAAACAUUCAGUGGGACCUGAGCUGACUCUGCACAAGAACAGACAAAGGUUAUGGGUUCCUUUCUUGCCCUACAGGUUUUUAGCUGGAAUUCCCAGGGUGCUUUCAGCUUUGUGGGUGACUUAGAUGUUUGGUUUCAUUUGGGGUGAGUGAAAUGGUAUUUAUUGCUGCUAUUUUACAGUAAAAGCACAGGCAGGGUUCUGGUUUGGAGGGAAUCUGGGGAGGAAUUUCCCUGGGCAAUAGGCUGCAGCUGAAGGCUAGGAAACCACCUAGAGCAGUAUCUGAGGAUGGGAAAAAGAAGAAAACAUAAUUUUCAUUGUAAGGAAGAGAGCUGGUUGUGCCUUGCUGUCUAAGGCACCAUCAGCUAGCUUUGCUCUAGGCAGAGCUUUUAUAAAAUCCAUGUGACUGCUUUUAUUAUUGCAAGGGGGGUGACAGAGCUGCCAACUUGGCUCUUUCAAGACCCCAACAAGGGUUAAGCUAUCUUCCAUCAGAGAUUAGAUCUGAUUGUUUAUAUCCAUGGAGCUGAUGACUGUGCUGUGGCUCUGAGGCAGCUCCAAGGAUAAGCACACUGUGUAUACUCAUUCCCUGAUGCUCUUUCUGUAGAUGGUAGAAAGAAGUAGCCCCUGUGGGGAACAG